AUUCAUAUAAACAGUACUAGAUUUUAUAUACAAGUAGCCAAGAAAAAAAAAAUGGCUCAAGCAAGUCUUUGUGGGAAGAUAAAAUGUGAAUUAGAUGUUAAGAUUUCUGAUGAAGAAUUCUAUAAUAUCUACUCUCGAAGAAUGUAUGAGAUGGCUAAAAUCUCUCCAAAAAUAAUUCGAAGUGCAGAAUUACUGAAGGGUCAAUGGGGAGAAGAAGGUUCCAUUAUCUAUUGGAAUUAUAAUUUAGAUGGGAAACACUCGACUGCUAAGGAAGAAACAGAAGUGAUAGAUGACAAAACUAAGACCAUAAUUUACAAGGUGAUUGAAGGAGAGCUGCUGGAGUAUUACAGAGCAAUAAAGUGUAUUGUUCAAGUUACUCCCAAGGAGGAUAAAAAUGGAUGUUUGGUUAAUUGCUCUUUCGAGUAUGAAAAGAUGAAUGAGAAUAUUCCAGAUCCAGAUGCCUUGUUGCAUGCCUUCACUCGUAUCGCCAAAGAUGUUGAAGCAUACCUUGCGAAAGCUUAGCCGCAAAGAUCUAAAUAACUAUAUAAAGACUUACAAGUUAAGAUAUUAUAUAUAUGUGUGCGUAGCAACAUCUAAAUGAUUAUGUAUUAAGUGAUGCUUACAUGUAAAAGAUAUCUAGUUAACCUUCGGGCUAAUGAAGCGUGAAUUAGUUCGUGUAUGGGUAUCAUGUGAGUAUGUGGAAGAUGUCUUCGUGAGUAUUAUUCUUAAAUAAA